AUGGAAGAAGAGAAAUAUGUGCCUGCAAGUUCUAUGCCGUACAGUGCACGACAUGAUUCGCCAGAAAUUGUGGAGAUAGGAGAGGAUAGCAAGACUAUUACUAACAGCAUAGAUGGAAUCAAUAACGAUGUUUAUGUAGCUGUUGGUAAGAAUGACACAGAUGUACUGAAGUGGGCUCUAGAUCAUGCUGUUUCGCCUGGAGCUCGCGUUUUUCUUGUCCAUGUAUUUCCUCCUCUGACAUAUAUCCCUACACCAGUUGGAAGAUUAUCUAGGAGCCAAUUAAGCCAAGAUCAAGCGAGAUUUUACAUUAAUGAAGAGAAUAACAGAAGAAGGAACCAGCUGGAAAAAUACAUUCGCUUGUGUGCUGAUGCCGAGGUGACAGUGGACACGAUGCUCCUGGAGAGCAAUUUGACUGCUAAAGCUAUUCUAGAGCUCAUUCCUGUUCUCAACAUCACCCACCUUGUCAUGGGAAAUAAAGGCUUACCUCGCCCAAUGCUAGUAAGGAAAAAGUUGGGAAAGGGAGAAUUUGUGAAGAAGAAUGCUCCAGACUAUUGUGAGGUUAGUAUUAUUCAUGAUGGCAAGAAGAUGAUGGAUGGUCAGCAUGAGAUAGAGGCAGUGUCAUCAUGCCCCGAAAGACCAGAUGAUCUCCGCAACUCUGGAAAGAAGCUUUUGGAGCUUCCAUGCUUUUCAGGCAAUGACUUAAUGGACCAACAGCCUCCAGUGGGACCCCCAAUGAUGGGGGCCACUUACGGACGCGGUCGACCUGUUCCUUAUGGAGGUGGUGGUGGUCCUCCGCCUCCGUCUUUUUCUAGUAGAGGUGGUCCCCCUCCAGUUAGUGGAGGGUAUCCUGCUUUUGAGCCACCUGCUAGUGGAUUCAGUGUUGGACGAGGCGGGGGAAGGGGGUUUAGUGGUGGCCGUGGGUCUAAUUUUCAUGGUGGGGAUAGAAGAAAUGAUGCUGGCCGUGGGAGAGGCUGGAAUUCUGGUUCCGGACGUGGUGGUGGAGGGGGUGGGAGGGGGUUUAGUAAUGGUGGUGGAAGAGGAGGGAGGCAUGGAGGGGGAGGUCCAAGAAGAGAGUUGGAUAAUAUUGCACUUCCAAAGCAGGAUUUUGGGAAAUUGGUGCCUUUUGAGAAGAAUUUCUACUUCGAGAAUCCUUCGAUUAGGGCUAUGUCUGAACAUGAAGUGGUGAUAUAUCGUGCAAGAAAAGAGAUUAUUGUUGAAGGCCAUGAUGUUCCUAAGCCUAUCCGAAUGUUUCAUGAGGCCAAUUUCCCUGAUUAUUGCUUACAAGUGAUUGCUAAGUUGGGUUUUGUUGAGCCAACGCCAAUUCAGGCUCAAGGAUGGCCAAUGGCUCUAAAGGGUAGAGAUUUAAUUGGCAUUGCUGAGACUGGUUCUGGGAAGACAUUGGCAUACUUGCUACCAGCUUUUGUGCAUGUUGCUGCACAGCCUCGAUUGGCACAUGGUGAUGGUCCGAUUGCGUUAGUAUUAGCGCCUACAAGAGAGCUGGCAGUUCAAAUCCAAGAAGAAGCUUUAAAGUUUGGUUCACAUGCUAAUAUUAGGAGCACGUGUAUAUAUGGUGGUGCUCCCAAGGGACCCCAAAUUCGUGAUCUUCAAAGAGGUGUUGAAAUUAUCAUUGCUACCCCUGGUCGACUGAUAGAUAUGUUGGAAGGACAACACACGGAUUUGCGAAGAGUCACAUACCUUGUAUUGGACGAAGCUGAUCGAAUGUUGGACAUGGGGUUUGAACCUCAAAUUAGGAAAAUUGUAUCUCAAACUCGACCAGAUAGACAGACAUUGUAUUGGAGUGCAACAUGGCCCAGAGAGGUUGAAGCUUUAGCAAGGCAGUUUUUGCGUAAUCCAUAUAAGGUUAUUAUAGGAUCGCAAGAUUUAAAAGCGAACCAAUCUAUAAACCAAGUUGUUGAAGUCAUGAUGGACCUGGAGAAGUACAACAGGCUGAUUAAACUGCUGAAGGAAUUGAUGGAUGGAAGUCGAAUUCUGAUUUUCAUGGAGACAAAAAAAGGCUGUGACCAAGUUACUAGGCAGUUGAGAAUGGAUGGAUGGCCAGCUUUAUCCAUCCAUGGUGAUAAAAACCAGGCUGAAAGGGAUUGGGUCCUGGCUGAGUUCAAAAGUGGCAGAAGCCCUAUAAUGACUGCAACUGAUGUUGCUGCACGUGGCCUUGAUGUGAAGGACAUAAAAUGUGUGAUCAACUAUGAUUUUCCUUCUAGCCUCGAGGAUUAUGUUCACAGGAUAGGCCGAACUGGUCGUGCAGGAGCUACGGGAACUGCCUUUACCUUUUUCACAGAGUCAAAUGCAAAAUUUGCAAGAGAUCUUAUCAAAAUUCUGCUAGAGGCAGGGCAGAUAGUGCCUCCGGCAUUGUCUGCUAUGGGUCGGUCCUCUGGUUCUUUUGGAGGUAACUUCCGUUCCAGAGGACGAGGAGGAGGCUUUGGCAACCGGGGGUUGUUUACAGGAUCUAAUACUGUGCCUCUUGGUGGUGGUAGACCUUGGUAA